CGCGGCGGUAACCUAGGGCAACAGUCCGGCUCUUGUGGGCCGCGACUAGCCGCUCCGGACCUUCCUUGCCUCGCGGCCCCGUAGGAGCGUCUAAGUGGCCGUGGCCACGUCCUCAUCCCAGGGAACACUCCCUAGACACUUCACGGGCGGCAGAGCCGCGGAAGGAAGCAACCUUCAGGGCGGGAAGAAGAUGUUAAAAACCAUAAACAGUCACCCCAGUAAUGGAUCUCUGUGAGGAAAGUGAGACUUUUUUAGAAAAUAAAGAAAACGAGAAAAUUGAAGAUACAGAAGAGACGGCGCCACCUUUACACUGUCCAGAUGAGAGAAGUGAGAGGAACCAUGUGUGCUGCCUUCUUGGUGUCAGCGACCUCACACUGGAAGAGGAUGGGAGGGCCAGCGAGUUUGCCAUCAGCACUGGGUGGGAGGAAGCCGUCCAUGGCUGGGGAAGGACCUCACCAACUGCCUGCAUCUGGUCAAAGAAGAAAGUGAAAAGGGGGAGGGUUGGAGAAGGCACCAAUGGCGGCGGCAACGACUGCUUGUUCUGUAUGAGUCUUUCUCAAGGGAUUCUGGAGCCCCGGUCCCUCUCGGAGGUUGGGAAACUGGAGGCAGGGGCUGUGACCGAGGUGAGCGCCCAGAAGAACUGGAGCCCUGAGAAGAACUGGAGCAGCCCCUCCCAGGGCCCCAGCACCGCUUCCAGAGAACCUAACAAACUCUGCUUUCCCACAUAUGUGCAUGGAGAAAAAAAAAGCCUGCAGAUCAAGGAAUUUAUCUGGUGCAUGGAAGAGUGGGCUCUCCCCGAGACAGUUAGCAGCAAGGCCUGCAGGAACCCCAGCGGAAGCACCGACCAAGGGCUCCCCACCUCAGACUCCCUUCCAUCCAAGGCCCUUGUGGUUCUACCUCCACUGAAAAACUCUCCCCACAACCUGGAUGUCCUGAGUAAGAAAAGCAGAAAUAUUUUCUGGCAGCCGGAAGAGAAGGUGCUGAGGGUGGAAAAGGACGAGUGCAUGACUUGUGCAGACGGGCUGAAAACAGUCGAUGGUCUGAAAACAGUCGACGGUCUGAAAACAGUCGACGGUCUGAAAACAGUUGACGGUCUGAAAACAGUCGACGGGCUGAAAACAGUCGAUGGUCUGAAAACAGUCGAUGGUCUGAAAACAGUCGAUGGGCUGAAAACAGUUGACGGGCUGAAAACAGUCGACGGUCUGAAAACAGUCGACGGGCUGAAAACAGUGGAUGGGAAAGGUGAAAAGAGACACUUUGAGCUGGCCAGCCGCCUGAAGGUCACCAACAUACUGCCUUUCCCCCCCACCGUGGCCCGGACCCACCUGCUGUCAGCCGAGUCCCAAAGGUGCUGCCUGCACUGGUCCCUCCUGCCCCAGAAAAGCUCUGUGUUCCCACCUAACCCCUCCAACAUCCACUAUCUUGCCACCCUGCAGGUUUUGGGGCAACAGGGAGGGCAGAACAGAACUAGGCUCAAAGCGAAGGAGGCCAAAGCUCCCAGGACCACAGCUAAACACAUAAUCACAGAGGCCAAGCAGGAAAACAGGCCCCACGUACUGGAGAGCAAGGUCUUCCCCAAGCCUCUCUUGCCGUCCCUUACAGUGAGCAGAGUUGUCAUCCCUGUCUCCACCCACAGAGUCCUCUGAGUUGUCACAAUAUAAUUCCCUGGGACUGAGCGCUGCCUGAAACUCAUUUCUCCCUCUUGUCCUGCCCUCUCCUUCCAUUUCCACCCCUGAGUCGAGCCUUCUUCCCUACCCCCUUCCUUUCCCUCCCCUCCCCUUCCCUCCCUCCCUCUCUUCUCUCCCUCUCCCUCUCUCUCUCCCCCUCCCUUCCCCUUCCCUCUCUUCCCUCCCUCUCCUCCCCAUCUUCUCCACGCUUCACCCCAUUCUUUUCCUUUUUUUUUUAGUGGUUUGGAUUCUUUCUCAAAAACAGCAUAUCGAGGUAGGCAGGUGUGGUGAUACACCUAUAAUUCUAGCAUUUGGGAGACUGGGGCAGGAAGAUGCCAAAUUCAAGGCCAGCCUGGACUAUACAACAAGACACUGUGUGCAUGUUACCUGCUUCUGCUGCUAAGCCAUGUAUAAAAUCUAAGUUGGGUCAGUCUGUGUCUGCCUUCUUGGGCAGUGGCUCCCAUGGUGGGGGGCAGAAAGGCACGUGCCUGCUCCCACCCCAGCCCCAGAGCCUCCCACCAGGGCUUCUGCCCACAGCCGAGCCCCAGUCUAGUGCAGGGGCAGCUUAGAGAGGCACUGGCUUGUCUUCUGAACCAGGCAGCUAUUGGUUUUUCUUUCCCUCAACAAUGAUGUAAGAUACUUGGGGGAUGGAAAAAUUCCAGCUGUGUGCAAAUGGAUAUACCAGGGUCCAAGGUGUCAUAUCUUUGUCUUACAUCCAGUCCCUCCCCUGCCUAGGGGGACACAUCCUCAGAUUGCAGCCUUAAGUAUUCGUGUGUCUAGAAGGCUUGAUCACAGAUUAGCAAAAACCUGAAGAGGAGGUUAGGAACUUGUUGGCCCUGAGAAACCCUCACUGGCUACUCUGACCUGACCUCCGUUCUCCAGCCUUCCCUUGCCUCUGGGAAGCCUCUGCCUGGAGACACAGGGGGAGUGCUGCUGUUACUGUAUCCCUGUCUUCCCUCUGCCCUUGGCUUCUUUCCACCAGUGUGUAGCGUCAUACAUUGUGUAUUAGAUAUAAAAUAUGAUAUUUUAAGCCAGUGCUCGUAACUACUAGGCCAUUUCUCUACCAGGGCUUAUGUUGCUGUGUGGACAGAUGCUCCAACCAUUUUGUGGUGAUCAGGAAUCGCUAAACUGCUUUGUAAUGGCAUAGUUUGAAUUGCUUAGAGCAGGCAGUGCUGAGCUCAGGUUUUCCCAUCUCCUCUGUGAUGACAAUAUGAGUGUAUACUCCGGCUUCACAUUUAUAUUUAGAAUUGGUCUCUGACAUCUUGUCUGUUAGCCAGAGGGCUUUUGGUUUGUUUUAUUUUCAUUGUUUCUGGUGCCUUGGUCUCAUCUAACUCCUAUUGGCCUUGAGGUAGAUUUGAACCGACCCUCCGGCCUCAGCCUCCCAAGUGCUUAGAUUAUAGUUACCGCGCCACAAUGUCUAGCCUUCUGAAAAACAAAAACCAGGAAGGGUUGUAUAAGCCUGCAGUCCCAACACAGAAAAACAAAGCAAAGACCAAGUCAGACGGUAAAGGAGUGAAAGGCCUCAGCACAGGGUCGUGAGGUAAUGCGCUGGCUGGGGGUGGCCCUCGAAGAGGUCGUCAAGAGUCCUUUUGUCCACUCUUCCUUUUCCAAAUAAACCACCUGGAUGCUAUCCCAAAGAGAAAUUGGCUAUCUCAGUGUUUCUAGAGAGCGAGGUGGACCUACACAGGCCCUGGGCCUGCCCACCUGAGCCAGGGCUAUCUCCAGUCCCCUGACUAAGCCAGAAGCAUGGAUGAGCCCUGUAUGUAAAGCAGGCAAGAAGCAUGUACUAGCAGAACACCCACAGUAACGGUGGCCAGGACUUCCCUGCUUGGCCCAGAGUCCUUUCUAUUGAGUCUUUCAGGCAGAUUGGAAAGACUAGGCUAAGUCACAAAAUUUUUGUUAGGUUUAUUUUAUGUAUAUGAAUGUUUUAUCUCCAUAUAUAUCUCUAUAUCCUGUGUGUGUGUCUGGUGCCCACACAGGUCAGAAAAGGGCCUCAGAUCCCUUGGAACCUGAGUUAGAGAUGGUUGUAAGCCAUUGUGUGGGUUCUGGAAGUCAAACCCGGUCCUUUGGAAGAGCAGACAGUGAGUGCUCUUACUGCUGGGCCGUUUCUCUAGCUCACACAAUAGAAAAUCUUAAGUGAUCAUGCAAAGGAAUAGGUUUCAUUAUGACAUUCAUACAUGGGAUAACUUCUGGAGGGAAGUCUUUGAGGACUGCUGAGAUGGCUCAGCAGGUGGCCUCUGCCACCACGCAUGAUGACCUGAGCUCAGUCCCCAGGCUCUGCAUGAAUGAUAAGUUUGAAGAGUGUUCGCAUGCACAUAUCCAGCAAUUAAAUGUUUUUCAAAAUUAGAAAAAGUGUUCUAUUCACAGUUAAGUUCUGAGGGACAAAUUAGGAUAGGUGAUGAAUAAAACACCAUUAUAAAAUCCAUUCCUGGGCCUUUGAGAUGGCUCAGCAUACAAAGGUAUGUGUACAAACCUAAUGACCUGAAUUGAGUCUCUGGAUCCUGUGGUAGGAGAGAAUAGACUUCUGGAAGUUGUCUUCUGACCUCAACAUGUGUGCCAUAGCCCCUGACAAUUAUUUUAUAUUCUAAGAAUUGUUACCUGGCUAGAGAGAUGCCUCAGUAGGUUAGAGUUUGCUGGGCAAGUGUGAGGAUCUAAGUUCAAAUCUCUAGUACCCACGUUAAAGACAGACUCACCGUGGGUGUCCAUAAUGCCCGUGCUCUUCCAGGGAGAGGGGCGCAAAGACAGGAAAGGUGCUGGAAGCUAGUGGUCCCCCAGACUGCGGACUGCAUGGAAAAGCAAUGCGGAAAACCCUGUCUACUGGUGAAGGUGUGGGUCAACAUCCACGGUGGCCCUCUGAUUGCCACAUGCAUAGACCCACACUCUCGAACAUACAUAAAACACUUUGAAAGCAUAGGGGUAUUUUAAUGCUCUUGAUUCUCUUCAUAAAGCUCCCCCUCCUUUUCCUGUAGGGUUUUUUUGUUUGUUUUGUUUUGUUUUGUUUUGUUUUGUUUUGAGACAAAGUCUUGCUGGCUGUCCUGGAACCUACUCCAUAAACUAGGCUGGCCUUGAACUCAGAGAUCCUCCUACCUCUGCCUCCCCAGUGCUGGGAUUAAAGGCCUGCAUCAUCAUGCCCUACAUACAUUUCUUUUUUUUUUUUUUCUUUAAAUUAUUUUACAUACAGGAGUAACUGUAGUCCUUCAGACACACCAGAAGAGGGCAUCAGAUUCUAUUACAGAUGGUUGUGAGCUACCAUGUGGUUUCUGGGAAUUGAACUCAGGACCUCUGAAGAACAGUCAGAGCUCUUAACAGCUGAGCCAUCUCUCCAGCCCAUAAAUUUCUUUUCAGGGCAGCUUUGUAUUUGUGUCUCGCUACACUUCAUGAAGUUGAUAUGUUGGAAAGAAAUAAUUGUUUUCAUACAGUACAUAUAAGUCACAUUUCUACCCCUCCCCCUCCUCAUACCAGAUCCCUCCACCUCCCUGCAAACCCAACUACAUGUUCUGCCACUGUUACUUUCCAAAACAAACCCCACAAAAAUGAAAAUCAAACAAGAAAAAAGGCCAAUAAGAUAUACACAAAAAAGCCAAACCAAAAGAAAAAGUCCCCAAAAAUCAACCCUGAAGUUUGUUUUGUGUAACUCCUCCUGGGCCCAGGGCCUGCUCUGGAGUGUGGUUGAUUUGCCCAGUGACACUUGGAGAGAACAGAUUUUCUUUCUGCCAGUGAGUACCAAUUGCAAAUAGCUUUUUGGUUAAGGGUCAGGUGUCCAUGUCUGCUUCCUUUUCUCGGUGCUGGGACCCUGUCUGGCUUGAACCCGUGCAGGCCCUGUGCGUGCUGCUGCAGUCUCUGUAAAUCUCUACUUGAAUUGGUCCGUCCUGUCGUGUCUAGAAGACACGGUUUCUUUGGAGUCAGCCAUCAUUACCUCUGGCUUUUACAAUCUUCCUGACUCCACUUCUGCAUAGAUCCCAGCGCCUUGAGGGGGAGGGGGAAGUACACUGAAUGAAGACAGGGUACUUGUCUAACAAGCACAAGGCCUUAGAUUCAAUCUCCAGGACUACAUAAAACUGGGCGUGGUGGUGCAUGCUUGUCAUAUGUAUUUAUCCCCCACCCUUCGAGUGGCCCCGAACCAUGUGGAAACCUCAUCGGGUUCUGCCAGAAUUUCAUGUGUCAGUUUCAACAGAAAUGUUUAUAUCAAAAGUGAAGGGAUGACCAAUGACUUGUGUCACUUUCUGUGCUUGGUUUGCAGAGCACUAGAGACUAGACCCAUGUGAGGCCAGGACCUCUGGAAGUCCGAGACACCACACCUCCACUGUAACAUGCUCCACACAAGACACAUGGCUUCCCCUUGGUGUUCGUGACUGGGAACCCAAUGGGAUCUCAAAUUCCAGUAACCUUUUGCCUUUCCCUCAGCUUAUCACGGGGCUGGUAGGUAGCCUAAAAUCUCCACAAAACUGGGACAAGGUUUGGGGUGUCUUCAUCUACAGAGAUACAAGCUAAACUAGGCUAGAGAUAGUGUUAUAUUGUUAAGUGUGGCCAAGAGCCUGAGACCAGCUAGGUCGGGCUUAGGGGAAAAUGUACUCUAUUAUUCUGCUGAGGGAACAUAGCAAGAAAAUGACUCCUGGUGACACUGUUCCAGCCUCAGACAAGUGCCACACUCAGUCCUCACCGGAGAGGCUGCUUCUUGCAGUACAUGCAGUUGUCUGUGUGUCUCAGGGUCUACAAGACACAAAAAUAAACCUUCCUAUAAAAAAGCUGCAAAUGGAUAAAAGGGAUCGAAACCAAGGUAGUUUACUAGCAGUGCCAGACUUCCAAACAGUGAGGCAAAAAUAAUUUCCAAGAACAGAAAUAAAGCAGUGUAAACAAUUCCUAAAGUAGUUUGCCGAGGUUGGCGGCAUCCAAAAUUGUCAAUUCUAGAAAGAAGUUGCUGAGAAUUAAAAUUUACUAGAUUGAUUUA